UCAAAUAAUUAUACUUUUCUCUCUUUUCUUCGAAUCGCUACGAUUUUGCGCCUACUUGUUGAUCGCACGUGUUUGACUUUGGAUAAAAUUGUUUAAAAACGCCGGGUUUUUAGUUACGUUAUGAGGUAAAAGCGGUGAGUUGUUUUUGAACUUAGAUAAAAUUUUUGAAAAUAAGAAUAUCGAGUGGAAUUAUGUCACUAAAAAUUGGAAAAAAAGGAAGGAAUCCAGGAGCAGUUGAUAAUUGGUUAGACGAACGCGGAUUGUACAGAAAAAAUGUAGCCUACGAUGAAACUUGCUUGUUUAGGGCUAUCAGCGAACAGCUUUUUGAUUGCCAAGUUCAUCAUGAACGAGUUAGAAGAGAGUGCGUUAACUUCGCCAGAGAAAAUUACGAGCAAUUUUCUGACGUUUUCGAUACGAAAGAAAAGUUUCUGAAUCACCUAGAAAAAUUAGAAAAACACAUGGUAGUCUGUGGCGACAUCGAAUUAAAUAUUAUUAGUAAAAAAUACAAUCGGCAAAUUAUAAUUUUCGAUGCUGCCGAACAACAAAUAUAUCCCUUUACAGAAAUAGAAUUGCCAGAAGUUUUUUUACUGUGUUUGAUGGACAGGGACCACUUUGAUGUAGUUUACAAAAAGGAACAAAUUGACUCUGCAGGUUUUUGUCAAUCCAUAGUCUACAAAAUUCUUUACGAAGGAGUGUUUAAAAUACCAAACGUCGAUGAUAUAGUUCACAAUAUGCUGUAUGACAAAAGUAAUAUCAUCACUCAAGCUGAAUUAAUGUUAGAGAAAAACAAAAUUUUACUGGAAUCUGGCAACGAAGAUUUGACUGAAGAGAAACUGGAAGAAAAAUUUGAAGAGAAAGCUGCUUCUGCUGUCAACAUUGCACCCUUUCCGUUUAAGAUAGCCAAAGCUUUAGAUCCUAACAUAUACAGGAAUAUAGAGUAUGAUUCAUGGGGUGAAAUGAGGAAAGAAUGGCGAUUGGGCGAAUGGUAUUACGGCGAUAACAAACUCAUACUAGGUACCAAAUGUAUUUUCAACGAUAUUAAUACUAAUCAAAAACACGAUUGCUAUAUACAAGAGAUCAUAAAAAACGAAAACAAAUGUAUGAUAUACAUUACUAAAUUAGCUGAAAAAAGGUUAGUCAGGUAUUCAGAUUUAACGCCUGAAGAUGAUGCCAAACCUUGGCCGUUACCGUAUAGGUUCACCAAGAGCGUGGUUAUAUCUCCAACGACUCCGCCUCCAGAAAAAAGCGCCCUCAAACCAAAAAAGAGAAACAAGGAGAAAAAUAGAACGAAAAGCGAAAGUAGUAUUCUAUCAUCCAUUAAACACGAACCACUGGUCGAUAACGUAGACGCUUACGUUGGUGUUCCUUUGCAAAUGCAGAGUCCUAACACUUCAGACAAUCUAGUUUAUCCAGAAAUAUCGGUCGAAACUCAAACAGAGACAGCGCACGUUCAAGGUACCAUUCAAACAGGUUUGGUGGAAAACGAGAUCGUAGACGGUUCCAGUUGGUACACUAAUGGUUACCAAUGGCAGCCGUACAUGCCGCAAACCAUGGAUCCGUAUGUAUGGCCUACCAGUCCUGGCAUCACUCAAAACCAUUUCAAUUUGAAACCGAUGGUGGCGUCUGCACCAGUUACUCCUAGCGUCAUUCCCUAUCACGAUCCAAAUUAUCCGAACUACUACUACAACUAUCACGUCGAAUCGUACGAACCGUACCCUCAUCAGUGGUCGACUCCGUCGUUCGAAUUACAACCUCCGCCGCCUCCGAGGAACCAACAAGAAAAACAGAACGAACAAGCCGAGAGUACCGUUAAUGGUACCGAAAUCGGCCAACAUGUUGCACCUCAAAGUAAUGUUAAAGUAGAAAGCGGUACCUGUUGCGAGAAUACGAGUAGUUUAAAUGUAUCUGAAAGGCCGCCACCGUUGAGGUUUCAGCAAACUCCAGAUACGCCGAAUUACAAUGGAACUUAUGGUCCGUGCACGCCAGUCGAGAUGUAUUCGCCGGUUCCGAGGGUUAUGCAGUACCCUCAGAUGUCGCCAGGUGGCCAGAUAGUGUAUACCGCAACUCCGCAGCCUAUGACAGAUGUAGUAAUGCCUAUCACGCCUGUGAUCUACACUCCUUCGUUGGAAAUGCCGUACAUGCCUUCGUCGCCUUUUAUUUAUCCUCCCACGCCUCCGCCUACUUGGUACCCAACAGGUACUGCAGGUCAGGGUUUCAUAUUUCCCCCAAGGCAAUAGAAAUAUAAGUAUUUAUAAUUAUAGUAAGUAAACUGGUGAUAUUUUUGUUUAGAUAAUCAAAUCAAAUUACUUUUUUUUUUAGUUUAUGGUAUUUGACAGGUUGCAAAACUAUCACCAAUUUGCUACCCAGUGAGAAUCACUAUGUGAUUCAUAUAUUUUUUUUCCAAAGAUGUAUAGAGUGUUCAGCAAUGCUUGUAUCACACGUGACCAAAAUUAGUUAAAAAUAUUUUAGUAACGCUAAAACAAUGUUAAUAUUUAUUUCAUAAAGUCUGCAUAAUAGAGUUUGGGAUCAGAGGGGAAAUGCUGCGGACACUAUAACCAGUGUCGCAUCAAUUAUACGGGGUUUGCAAUUAAUAUAAAUAAUAAAUACUUUUAAUAAAUUUGGCACAUGCUUAAAGUGUAUUUGACAGAUGUGACACAUAAAAGUCACUAAAAACGAACUUUUUCGUUAAAUUUCUUGAGGCGAUUUUAAAUCAGAUACUAUGUCUUGAAUAUGAUUGACUACACUGAUAUAAAUCAAAAACAAUGACGUCAUAUUGAAUAUUGUCUUGAAAUAGUCAAGUUUAACAUGACUACAGUAAAAACGUGGUCAUCACAGGUAUGAAAUGUCAAAUGAAAUGACAAAUGUAAAACUUUUACUUUUUAAUUAUUAAAUCAUUGUUUGGUUGUAUUAUUUGUAAAAUAGAAAGAAAGAUUUACGAAAGGGAAAAGUGGGACAAUGGUGACGAUAGGGUAUCAGGUUAAAAAAACAGGUAUUUUUAUAAAAUAAGCUCCUUUUUUUGUAGAGAUCUAAAAAAGGUCCUCCGCUUAUAUUUAUUUAAACCAUCAGAUUCCUUUUUCUGAGCUUCUCAAAAACAGGUCAAACAUUGUCAAAAAUAUCAUUGUAUAUAACUUUAAAUUUAAAAAACGUAGCAAUAAGGUGAAAUGCGGAGCAUUUUUGUACUUUGGCGUAACGCGUGCCAGCAAGUUAAAAAGUGGGACAAUUACGCCUAAAGCGCGACGUCUGGCAACCCUGGCUAAGUACCUAGAUAUGGACGCAUUUAAGGUUUCUGCAAAUAAAAAGCCAAUUUAUUUUCAAGGUAGGAUUUAUUAAUGAACAUGGCUAAAGUUUUGAUAAAAUUUCAGAGGCCAAAGUAACUAUAAUACCAAUUUUCUCUUCAUCCAUGAUCAGUAAACAAAACAAAUAUUUAUUUUUAUCCCUACAAAUUCAAAAACAAAUCCUACUACUAUUACAUAACACACAGAUAAAAAUUCAUGAUAUCUGCUAAUGUUAUACCCAUUGUGAAGUUAGUGUCAAUAUAAACCAAACAUUUUUAAAUCAGAUUAUUAGAACGUCAUUAUAAUGAUGUAAGAACCUUGACCACACUUGAAUUGGUCACAUUUCUAGUAACUGAUUUAAAAUCGCCUUUGUUUUACUAGAUCAUGUGGGAUACAGGCAUUAUUAAAGACUUUACUUUAGUAACUUGCAAUAUUUUAAUAUCGUGGAAUUAAUUUCUUUUUGAGAAUUUAAGCGUUUUUUAUUUUUUGUCGAAUUAGAAUGUUUUUUUAUUUUUCUUAAUCCACGAAGCGUCUCUUUGUUGUUACUUUGAUAUAUUUGUUAUUAGUUGUGUAUUUUUUUUAUUUUUAAAGAAUUUUUUGUUAAGUUUUACAAGAAUAUUGUGCCAACGGCCAUUAACGCUGUUUUGGCGUAUAAACAAAAGCGCCAACGUCACGUGACUGUCUUUAGACGUAUCGUAGCUAACUUCACACGGACUUUCAAGGUACAGUUACAGAAUUUGUUUGCUUUGAGAACAUCUUCAAUUUCUACAAUGAUCAUCAUUAUUUUCAUAAGAGAUUAGUCCUUCAGAAAUCAAAAAGAUGAUACGUCAUAAGAUUGACGUGAAGUUGACGCCAUUUGAAUAAUUCCUCGCGUGUAGCAGCUCCAUUUAAUUAUUAUAAACUGUAAAUUACAUGUAAGAAGACUGAUAAUAAGAUUAGUUAUUAUAGGUUACUUUAAAGGCAUUUUAUUUUUGAAAAUCGUUACUGUUUAUUUGAAAAUUCGCAAUUUUACGAAAAUAUCAAUAUUGAACGUUGUAGUAACAUUUCAAAAUAAUAAAAAAGAUAAUAAUGCUCAUGUAUAGAUCAAUUUUUAGAUCUUUAAAUACAGUUGUGAUAUUUUUUGGCUGUAUGAUUAGUUUUAGACAAUUAUUUUGUGUUUUUAUACAUUUAUGUUUGUUUUCUUUAUAGAAUUAUUGUUUUCAGUUUAUUAUAAAAGUACGUUUGAUAAAAAUAGCAAGAACUGAUUGUGCUGAAGAUAUUUUUACCACCAGGUUAACUAAAAAAAAUUAGGUAUUGCAAAUAUUAUCAAUACGUACUGAGUGUUGUGUUUUGUUAAAUUUAUAAUAAAAUUUAUAUAUUUGCUA